GGAGGGAGGGGCGCCAGAGGGGGAAUCCGCCGCUGGAGGGAGGGCAGAGAGGAGCGGAGGGAGGUUCCCAGAGCAGCCGCCGCCGCCGCCGCCAUGGGGGAAGCGGAGAAGUUCCAUUAUGUGUACAGCUGUGACCUGGACAUCAAUGUGCAGCUGAAGAUAGGAAGCUUGGAGGGGAAAAGAGAGCAGAAGAGCUACAAAGCAGUUCUGGACAAUCCCAUGCUGAGGUUCUCGGGGUUAUACCAGGAGACCUGCUCCGACUUGUACGUAACCUGCCAGGUCUUUGCAGAGGGGAAGCCCCUCGCUCUUCCAGUGCGGACGUCCUACAAAGCUUUUAGCACCAGGUGGAACUGGAACGAAUGGUUAAAACUACCCGUCAAGUACCCAGACUUGCCUCGGAAUGCUCAAGUGGCCCUGACUAUCUGGGAUGUGUACGGGCCUGGCAAAGCAGUACCUGUUGGGGGAACGACGGUGUCACUCUUUGGGAAAUAUGGGAUGUUUCGCCAGGGAAUGCAUGACUUGAAAGUUUGGCCCAAUCUGGAAGCAGACGGCUCUGAGCCCACCAAGACUCCGGGGAGGACGAGCAGCACCUUUUCGGAAGAUCAGAUGAGCCGACUGGCCAAGCUCACCAAGUCUCACCGGCAAGGUCACAUGGUCAAAGUAGACUGGCUGGACAGACUGACCUUUCGAGAAAUCGAGAUGAUCAACGAGAGGGAGAAGCGAAGUUCUAAUUUUAUGUACUUGAUGAUUGAAUUCCGCUGUGUGAAGUGUGAAGACAAAGAAUAUGGGAUAGUAUAUUACGAGAAGGACGGCGAUGAGUCAUCUCCAAUUUUAACAAGCUCUGAAAUUGUUAAGGUUCCGGAUCCCCAGAUGUCUAUGGAAAACUUGGUGGAACGCAAGCACCACAAGUUGGCUCGGAGUUUAAGAAGUGGACCGUCCGAUCACGAUCUGAAGCCCAAUGCUGCUACUCGAGAUCAGCUUAAUAUCAUAGUGAGUUAUCCACCAACGAAGCAACUAACUUACGAAGAGCAGGAUCUUGUGUGGAAAUUCCGAUAUUACCUUACCCAUCAGGAAAAGGCUUUGACCAAGUUCUUGAAAUGCGUCAACUGGUACCUUCCGCAAGAGGCGAAGCAGGCCCUGGAGCUCCUGGGCAAGUGGAAGCCCAUGGACGUGGAGGACUCGUUGGAGCUGCUCUCCUCUCACUUCACCAACCCGACUGUGCGGCGCUACGCAGUGGCCAGAUUGCAGCAGGCAGACGAUGAGGACUUGCUCAUGUACCUGCUGCAGCUUGUCCAGGCCCUGAAAUAUGAAAACUUUGAAGACAUCAGGAAUGGCCUGGAGCCGACCAAGAAGGACAGCCAGGGGAGCAUGUCGGAGAGCAUGGCCACGUCGGGAAUGAAUGCUGCUGAUAUAGACAGUUCUCAGAUCAUCACAAGCCCUCUUCCCCUGGUAUCCUCUCCACCUCUCUCAAAAGCAAAGGAGUCUGCCGACAGUGAAAAUCUUGAGCAAGACCUCUGCACCUUCUUGAUAUCCCGGGCAUGCAAGAAUUCCACACUGGCUAACUACUUGUAUUGGUAUGUGAUUGUGGAAUGUGAAGACCAAGACACCCAGCAGAGGGACCCCAGAACCCACGAAAUGUACCUGAACGUCAUGAGAAGGUUCAGUCAAGCUCUGUUAAAGGGUGAUAAGUCUGUCCGGGUGAUGCGCUCUUUGCUGGCAGCCCAGCAGACGUUUGUAGAUCGACUGGUUCAUCUCAUGAAAGCAGUGCAGCGUGAAAGUGGCAAUCGCAAAAAGAAGAAUGAGAGACUUCAAGCACUCUUGGCGGACAACGAAAAGAUGAACUUAUCGGAUUUUGAGCCCAUUCCACUGCCUCUGGAGCCGCAGGUGAAAUUUCGAGGCAUAAUCCCAGAGAAGGCCACACUGUUCAAGAGUGCCCUAAUGCCUGCCCAGUUGUUCUUCAAGACUGAAGAUGGGGACAAAUAUCCGGUGAUAUUUAAGCACGGAGACGACUUGCGCCAAGAUCAACUCAUUCUCCAGAUCAUCUCGCUCAUGGACAAGCUCUUGCGCAAGGAGAAUCUAGAUCUAAAGCUGACUCCAUACAAGGUCUUGGCCACAAGUACAAAACAUGGUUUCAUGCAGUUCAUUCAGUCGGUCCCUGUUGCAGAAGUCCUUGCUACCGAAGAAAGUAUACAGAACUUCUUCCGAAAGCAUGCACCAAGCGAAACAGGGCCCCACGGGAUAAGCGCGGAGGUCAUGGACACUUACGUCAAAAGCUGUGCUGGUUAUUGUGUGAUAACCUAUAUCCUUGGGGUUGGAGACAGACACCUGGAUAACCUCUUGCUAACCAAAACAGGCAAACUUUUCCACAUUGAUUUUGGCUACAUCUUGGGCCGCGACCCGAAGCCUCUCCCUCCGCCCAUGAAGUUGAAUAAAGAGAUGGUGGAGGGCAUGGGCGGCACGCAGAGCGAGCAGUACCAGGAGUUCCGCAAGCAGUGCUACACGGCCUUCCUUCACCUCCGCAGGUAUUCCAACUUGAUUUUGAACUUGUUCUCCCUGAUGGUCGAUGCCAACAUUCCGGACAUUGCUCUUGAGCCGGACAAGACUGUGAGAAAGGUGCAAGACAAGUUCCGCCUCGACCUUUCUGACGAAGAGGCUGUGCACUACAUGCAGAGUCUGAUAGACGAAAGUGUCCACGCCCUCUUUGCAGCGGUGGUGGAGCAGAUCCACAAGUUCGCUCAGUACUGGAGAAAAUGAACUCUACUUCUGAUGGCAAAAAUUUGCACACAAGUUGGUUGUCACUUUGGUUCCUUGAGAUGGUACCUGAAGAUGUUGACUGAAUCGCUUGGUAGUUUGGAUAGCUAACAUCAUCUGGUUUUCAGCUGAAAUGGUCAAGAGCUUUCCUGCCUACAUAUUUUGGCCAUGAAUUUUGGAAAACAGGCAAUGACAGGACGGUAGCUCUACUGAAGGACGACGCCUUCUGGGUUUUCUAACUGUUCAUAUGCACCUGAUGUCGCUGUAUCUUUGGACUGGGAAGCUGAAUCGCAUAACUGCGCCGAACUUGGACCUUGGGUCAUGCCUAUAGACAUAUUCAUUUCAGAGUUUGCGACCAUUGACAGAAAAGUGUGGUGGAAGUUUAGCAUAGUUAGAAUUGAAGUUUUGGGUUCAUUGAUGGGAUUUGUCCAAAUUCUCAUUUGGAAAAAGCAAUUGCCUGGUGGUUUUUAUAAGGAGGAGAUGGCUUAUGAAGUGCCACUGAAAGCCCACACAUGACGAGGGGGGGUGCGAUUAAAAUGGAUCACUAAUGGUCUUAAACAGAUGCUGAACAGAGAUCAUUUGUGUUUGCUCUAUUGACAAGGACUCAUGUACACUGACCAAAUAUUUCAAAUCUAUUAAAGCUCUUUUGAUGCAACCCUAA